CAGCAGCCCUUGUCCCGACAACGUCCCCCGGUUCCAUUGUUCCACAGCUCUAGCAACACCACUAUUCCACAAGCACAACAACAACUGCCAAACGUCGCAAAUAUGGCAGACCUGCACAGCAACAACUCGUUUGACUCAGGCGCAAGCCUGAUGCCUGCAUUCCAGGCCGGCGGCUUCUCUUUGGAGCAGGUGUCAGCGUUCACCGCGAUCAACGACCCUUCGGUCGCAUCCGGUUCCAUGCGCACCGUGUCUCCAAAGGACAUUUUUGCCGAUGCUUUUGGCUCUGCACCCCCAUCUGCAGCGUUCACCAAUCUGACCUCGCCUGACAUUGACGCCUCGCCCUUCAUCAACGACAGCUUCGAGACCUCACCCAUGUUCCAGGGUGAGCCUUUGCUGACUAACUCCAACGACUGGUUCUCCCUCUUCCCUGAGGAGGAGAAUAAGCUUCAUGAAGUUGCCAAGUACGCUCCUGCCGUGCCGCUGCCCAUGGAGCGCACUAUCAGUAGCCAGUCUAUGGAGCGAUCCGGCUCCUCAAGCAUGGGAUCCCCAAUCGUCUUGGACACCAGCUCGUUCCGAAGGAAGUCGUCUGUCACCAACUCGCCUGCCACCAACGGCAUCAGCAAGUCUCGUCGUCGCAAGGGCGCUCUCCCUGCUAUCACUGUCGAUCCCAACGACAAGAUCGCUUUGAAGCGAGCGCGCAACACUCUUGCUGCUCGUGAGUCUCGGCAAAGGAAGUUCGACCACGUGGCCGAGCUUGAGGCUCGCAACGCCGAACUUGAGGCUGAGAUUGAGAAGUGGAAGACACUUGCUUUAGCUCAUGGUUACAACGGAGCAUGAAUCUCCGUCCCCCUCGUACCCAGUUACCGGUGGCCCUAAAGGAGCUGGUGAAGACCAGCUAGCUUUUUGGUAAAAGUUUUCCUUUCAUGUUGUUUGGACUUACUGCUAUUCACACACCUCACCUCAACCCGUUGAUGGUCUUGUGUUGCUUUUCCUUCGUCGAUUAAUGUUUACCGCCGGAGUGCAGUCUCCCUU